AAAUCCAAUAGUGAGAUGCCACACUUUGGUUACUUUGAAGAGCUCCGGGUUUGCACAUUCGUGCGUCCGUCUGCGCUUUCUCUUUCAUUGAAUUCAGAGAGCUAGAUCUGGUGGGCCUUUCUUUGGGGCACUCCUUCAUCAUACAGCAACACAUCAAAACGAAGCAAUUAACUGAGGGCUGCCAGGAUAGUAAUCAUUCUCUUCACUGUUGCACUGGAAAGAGUCUGAAAUGAUGCUGGCUGUGCUAUUUAUCGCUGCUUUCGCGGCGGCCGCGCGCGCCAGUGAUGUGCUCGAGUUCACAGAUGAUGAUUUUGACAGCAAAAUCGGAGAUCACGACCUCAUUCUGGUGGAAUUCUUCGCACCCUGGUGUGGCCAUUGCAAACGUCUUGCCCCUGAGUAUGAGGCAGCCGCUACUCGACUAAAAGGCAUCGUCCCACUUGCUAAGGUGGACUGUACCGCCAAUUCCAACGUGUGCAGCAAAUACGGCGUGAGCGGAUACCCGACCCUGAAGAUUUUCCGAGACGGAGAGGAUUCUGGUGGCUACGACGGUCCCAGGACAGCAGAUGGAAUUGUUAGCCACCUGAAGAAGCAGGCAGGUCCAGCCUCGGUGGAGCUCAAAAGUGAGGCUGAAUUUGAGAAGUACAUUGGGGGCCGUGAUGCUAGUGUUGUGGGAUUCUUUGCCGAUGGAGGAAGUGCUGCUCAGGGAGAGUUCCUGAAGGCUGCCAGCGCUUUAAGAGAGUCCUACCGUUUCGCCCACACUAACGUAGAGGACCUGGUAAAGAAACAUGACGCGGAUGGAGAGGGCAUUGUUUUGUUCCGGACACCUCUUCUCAGCAACAAAUUUGAAGACAGCAGUGUGACGUUCACGGAGGACAAAUUCACAAGCGCGAAGAUCAAGAAGUUCAUUCAGGACAACAUUUUUGGUAUCUGUCCCCACAUGACUGAUGACAACAAAGACCAGCUGAAAGGCAAAGACUUAUUGGUGGCCUACUAUGAUGUGGACUACGAGAAGAACCCCAAGGGUUCCAACUACUGGAGGAACAGGGUUAUGAAGGUGGCCAAGAGCUUCCUGGAUCAGGGGAAGAAGCUGAGCUUCGCUGUGGCCAAUAAGAACAGCUUUAGCCAUGACGUGUCCGAGUUGGGUCUGGACGGCAGCAGCGGAGAGCUUCCUCUUGUAGGCAUCCGUACUGCUAAGGGAGACAAAUACGUCAUGAAGGAGGAGUUCUCUCGUGAUGGUAAGGCCUUGGAAAAGUUCCUGCAGGAUUAUUUUGAUGGAAACCUGAAGCGUUAUCUCAAAUCUGAGCCCAUUCCCGAGAACAACGAUGGCCCAGUGAAGGUUCUUGUAGCUGAGAACUUUGACUCAAUUGUAAAUGAUGAGAGUAAAGACGUCCUCAUUGAGUUUUACGCCCCCUGGUGUGGACACUGCAAGAGCCUGGAGCCUAAAUACAAAGAACUUGGAGAGAAGCUUUCCGACAAUCCAAACAUUGUCAUUGCAAAGAUGGACGCCACUGCUAAUGAUGUCCCCUCUCCAUAUGAAGUUAGAGGAUUCCCCACUAUCUAUUUCUCCCCGGCUGGUCAGAAGCAAAAUCCAAAGAAAUACGAGGGAGGUCGUGAAGUCAGCGACUUUAUUUCCUAUCUGAAAAGAGAGGCCACAAACACCGUGGUGGUGCAAGAAGAUGAGAAGAAGUCAAAGAAGAAGUCCGAGUUAUAAACAAUCACAGCCCAACAACUGAGGAGGCAGUUUUUGCAGGAGACAUAAAUUAUAUUCCAAUCUUUAGUGAAGCGAGUGCUCUGACCCACGUCACAACGUCAGCCCUCUCUUGGGCCUGCUGCUCUGGGAACACUGUGGAAGGUUGUGACUGCCAGACUACAUGUGAUUUUUAGAUAAGUGGAAGAGGUACAGAUCUGUCAAAUUGAGAUUGGUUUCCCUACACUGUACCUUGGAGAGAAGCACUUUUGAGAGCAAUUCUACAUGUUUUUGUUUUCUCAUGAAAGAGGGGGAUUUGAUGAAUUAGGUUUCCAUUUUUUUUACCUUUUUUUUUUUUUUUUUUACAUUUGGAAGGCUUGUGAAAUAAAAGGCCCACUAAACCUACAA